AUGAAAGCAGUAGUCGCCGUCCCGACAGCGGCCUUCAUAAUCAUCCGAGCCCACCGGCGCAAGUCCCUAACACCGCUGGGGCUUGUCUCCGCGGGAGCCACUGCCACGAUCCAUGCCCUGCACCCGUCGCCCAUCCCGUUCCUCCUGCUCCUGACAUUCUUCCUGCUGGGCACAAGCGCCACGAAAGUCAAGCAUGAGAUAAAAGCCACGCUCACGCUCUCGAGCAGCGGCAGCUCCGGGGGCGAGGGCCCACGGACGGCGAUCCAGGUAUUCGCGAACAGCGCCGCGGCGAGUGCCAUGGUGCUGCUGCAUCUGUGGGCGGACGGCCUUGACCUGGAUGGGACAAAGGGCUGUUUCGGGAGCCGAGCGGGUGCGGGCACGAGGCUGGCGGAUCUGUACCUGAUGGGAAUCAUGGCCAACUACGCGGCUGUCACGGCGGAUACGCUGUCGAGCGAACUGGGGAUCCUCUCGAAGACGAGGCCCGUGCUGAUCACGACGUUGAAGACUGUGCCGCCGGGGACGAACGGGGGGGUGUCGUUCGCCGGGCUGGUGGCUGGCGUGGGCGGCGCCGCGGUGAUUGCUGCCAUCUGCUGUCUGCUGUUGGAUGUGUGCGGCGGCGUGGUCGGGGGAUCGACGACGGCCGUGUUGCUUAAGGUGUUUGCGCUCCUCACCGUGCUGGGGAGUGUUGGCACGCUGCUCGACUCCUUUCUUGGCGCUAUGCUGCAGGCGUCUGUGAUCGAUCGGCGUUCGGGAAAGAUCGUAGAAGGUGCGGGCGGUGUGAAGGUCUUGACCAAGCCCACGCGGCGGCCCAGCCAGAGCGUGCCGGACAGUCCGGGAAAGCAGUCAAGGAGCACGGAUGAGAAAGCGAAGGCGGAUUUACACGAGAGCAGGGUCAUCAACUCCGGGAACGAUAUUCUCGACAAUAACCAGAUCAAUCUGCUUAUGGCGUGUAUUGUGAGUGGAUUGGGUGUCUUUGCCGGCACUUUAUUAUGA